AUGUGCUGCACGGAUGAGUCAGAUCUCAAUGAUGAAGUUUGUCCAUCUGGACGAAUCCCAUACCUUAUCAAUGGGCUUCCACAACGAUGCACGUCACAACGUUGCCCCCGAGGAUUUGAGUGCACUUAUAAAGGGCACGAUUACAUAUGUUGCUCUUCGGUGGGCAAGAAUGGGAGACACGUGUCGCCUACGCCAACAUCAGCCUUCAAGUAUCCUCUUCUUCGAUUAAUUGUUGUAAUUCUUCCAGCUAAGGAUCAAUGUAGCCAGGGUAGCGCUCUGAUAUAUCCAUCAACGCGUAUGCCGGUGAUUUGCAUUCCAGGAAAGAAAGGAUGUCCGCCAGGGUAUGGCUGCAAGAAGAGCAUCUCUUCCGAUCAGUAUGUUUGCUGUUCUUCUCGCUUUCGGAUGAGCGCCUCUUCAGGCCCACCUUGCGAAGGUUACAUGGUGCUCGUUUCUAGAAUCAUCAAUGGUAAGGUUGAUGAGCGAUGUGGCCCACCUUGCGAAGGUUACAUGGUGCUCGUGUCCAGAAUCAUCAAUGGAAAGGUUGAUGAGCGAUGUGAGCGAAGCUGUCCCUAUCUACAAGUGCCGAUUGGCGGAAUAUGCUAUGAGAUGAGGAGCAGUUGA